CCCGCUCGGCCAGGCCCCGCCCGGCAGGCACCUGCUGCAGGUGGAGGCCGCGGCGCCCGGCGCUCGCUCGGCCAUGUCGGGGGAGAGCGCGGGGCCCGGGCCGGGGUCCGAGGCGGGCCCGCGGUGCCCGCAGCACGGCCGCGCGCUCAGCUGGUUCUGCGGCUCCGAGCGCCGGCCCGUGUGCGCCGCCUGCGUGGGGCUGGGCGGCCGCUGCCGGGGCCACCGCGUCCGGCCGGCCGGGGAGCACGCGGACGAGCUGCGGAACAAGAUCGUGGACCAGUGCGAGCGGCUGCAGCUGCAAAGUGCCGGCAUCACCAAGUACGUGGCUGAGGUCUUGCCAGAGAAAAACCAGAGAGCAGUGAGCACGGCCAGUGCGGCGCGGGAGCUGGUCAUCCAGCGGCUGGGGCUCGUGCGGAGCCUGUGCGAGAGUGAGGAGCAGAGGCUGCUGGAGGAAGUGCAUGGGGAAGAGGAGCGGGCCAACCAGAGCAUCCUGACGCAGCGCGCCCACUGGGCCGAGGCGCUGCAGAAGCUCGAUGCCAUCCGCAGUGGCCUGGUGGACAUGCUCACCCAUCUGGAUGACCUCCAGCUGAUCCAGAAGGAGGAGGAGAUUUUUGAGCGGACCGAAGCAGCCGAGGGUAUUUUGGAUCCCCAAGAAUCGGAGAAGUUAAACUUCAAUGAGAAGUGCACUCGGAGUCCGCUGCUGACCCAGCUCUGGGUGACGGCCGUCCUGGGGUCCCUCUCAGGCACAGAGGACGUGCGCAUUGACGAGAGGACGGCCAGCCCCCUCCUGCAGCUGUCAGCCGACCGGAGGACCCUGACCUUCACCGCCAAGAAGUCCAAGGCGUGCGUGGACAGCCCGCAGCGCUUCGACCACUGGCCCAACGCCCUGGCGGCCACCUCCUUCCAGGCCGGCCUGCACGCCUGGACCGUGGACGUGCAGCACAGCUGCGCCUACAAGGUGGGCGUGGCCCUGGGCCAGCUGCCGCGCAAGGGCGCGGGCAGCGACGCGCGGCUGGGCCACAACGCCUUCUCCUGGGUCUUCUCCCGCUACGACCAGGAGUUCCGCUUCUCGCACGGCGGCCAGCACGAGCCGCUGGAGCUGCUGCGCUCCCCGGCCCGGCUCGGGGUGCUGCUGGACCUGCAGGCGCAGGAGCUGCUCUUCUACGAGGCGGCCUCGGGCACGCUGCUGCACUCCCACCACGCGGCCUUCCCCGGGCCCCUCUUCCCCGUCUUCGCGGUGGCCGACCAGACCAUCACCAUCGUCCGCUGAGCCCGGCCGCCCCCCAACCCCCGCCGCCCCUCUCUGCGUCACUUUCGCCCAGUGCCUUUGGCUCCAUCCAGGAUGACCUGGGCAGGUGUUUGUGUUUUUUUUGGGGGGCGGGAGAUGGUAGGUACUGGGAGGGGAUUGUUUCAGAUGUGAGUGAAGGGCUAGAGGUUCUGGAGAGCCGGCUACUCCCUGGGCCUGUCCCCCAGAUUCUUCAUGUGUCUGUUCCUCAGGGGGGCCUGGCUCACCCUGGGGUCCCCCGCUUCCAGCAUGGGGCCGGGUGCGCAGCAAGCGUGCAAUAGAUAUAUUCGGUAACAGGCAGUGGAUGGACAGGCGGCUGGGUGCCUGGGGAGAAGCAUUUUCUUCUGGCUUCCUGUCCCAGUGCCCAGGGGCCACCGGCCAGGGAGCACUUCCUGGGCCAGAUGCCCAGUGGGGUAGAGCUCAGCCCCCCGUGUCGUGCUUCCCCGAUCUUUUCUCGAAGGGGCACGCAGAGAAACACUCAUUUUCUAUAACAUAAGGACAAAAGGAAACUUUCUUUGGAAGAGACUUUAGAAGUCCCGCCAGGCUGGCCUGGGGGCCUGGGGUGGGGGGUCCAGGUUCUCACACUGACCCUGCCCAGGCCUGCACAAGUCCCAGGGGAGCCUGGUUCUGUGUCACCAGGCGGCAACUGCUCUGCCAGCUGCGCUCCAGCCCGCCGUGGGCCCAGGGAUGAAGCCCCCGGCGGCUGUGGAGCGUCCCCAGGUGACUGUCUCGGGCAGAAAGGGGAGACCUGGGCGAUGGCUGCCAGCCAGAUGGAGCAGGGGGAGGAAGAGAACCCGCCCUAGGGAACAUGUACGUGAUUAAAGGGUUUGAAAGAGUGAACAAAUUGACAUCCGCGCGGAGUUCUUUGUCGGGACCCGCAUGUUCUUUCUGCGAGCUGGCCUGCCUCCCGCCUCCCGUGCCAGCUGGGAGCUCAGACGAUGCAUUUGCCAGCCAGCUGCCGUUGUCCCUCCUGCGCCCACAUGCCCAGAAGUCAGUGGGGUGGCAGUUAAGCAUCCGGAGUCUCAGGAGCCUGGGGACAGGGCUUGUGUCCCGGGACUGACGGUCACCCGCCCUCCUCUUGGGAAAGUCACGAAGAAUAGCAGUUGCCACCCCGUGCCCUCAGGCAGCACACGGCAGCGGCCACGGCGGGCUCCUGGGCCCAAAGAUGGAGGCUCAAGCCCUCCCCACUUUAUUUAUUUUUGCAAUGGUGGAACUGAACCCAGGGCCUCACACAUUCCAGACAAGUGUCCACUGCUGAAUUCCGUCCUGCCUCUGCCUGCUCUGGAGCUUGCCCAGUAGAAACACCAGGAAGGAUGAAUCCAGCAUGGAGACCACCGGCAAGCGAUUGGGGUUGAGUUGAUUUCCAAGGCCCUUAAGCCAAGCCCGUGCCCGUUGGCUCAUGACCCACAUCCAUGGAUCUCAUGUCUUCACCUGGCCUUGGCAUCAGGCGCGAGCUAGGCAUGCCCCAAAGAGGUCUGGCCGAGUCAGAAAGGAGCUUCUCUGCUUUUACCUGGAUGUAGCCUUUGACCGCACACAGGAGCUAGAGCCCAGGUUUCUGUUGGAACCCCAGGGCCCGAUGCCAUGCUUCCCGGGUACCUUUUGUCUAGUGAGUCUCCUUCCCCUUAUCUGCCCAUCUAAGUGCCAGCUCCAGGGUCUACUCGGUACCGUAUUGUAAACCGGAUGUGCCCAUCUGUGGUUUCUCACCUGCCCUGUCCCUUGGCCAGCACCAGGCAAGGCCCACACCUCUAGCAAAUGCUCAGUGCAAGUGUCUAAAGGGGGAGAGCGUUUGGGGGCCCUACCCAGCAGUGUUUGGGAGGAGGCUGCUCCUAGUUCUGUUUGGGAGCACCACUCUCGGUGAUGCUCAGGAGACUUUGGAUCCAGGUGGUCAGGGAUCCGAUCAGAUACGCCAUAGAACAAGGCAAGCCCCAUACUACUUCUCGGGCAGGCCAAGAAGUUGGAAUUUAAAAGCCCAACCUCGGGGCUGGAGUAAUAGCACAAUGGGUAGGGCAUUUGCCUUGCACGCAGCCGACCCGGGUUCGAUUCCCAGCAUCCCAUAUGGUCCCCCGAGCACCACCAGGAGUAAUUCCUGAGUGCAUGAACCAGGAAUAAACCCUAUGCAUUGACAGGUGUGACCCAAAAAGUAAGCAAAAAAUUUUAAAGGGGCUGGAGUGAUAGCACAGCGGGUAGGGCGUUUGCCUUGCACG